CACUGCCAACGUCCACCAGCCUCAGCGGGCCUGCAGGGAAUCGAACCGGGCGACACCAUGGUGACCGUGGCCAGGGCGGCGCUCUGCCUGUGUGUGUGGCUGUUUGCCAGCGAGGUCGGGGGAUCGUACAUCCCGCCGAAGAUGAACAGAACCAUCCAGAACCUGCUGCAGCACUACAAGAUUUCAGCGAAGGAAAGAUUCAACGGGAAGCCCGUCUUCUCCAAAGAGCUGCUGUCCAAGAGCGAACCGGUAAACAUGGUGUUCAUGGGCGGCGUCCUGGAGGCCUACGAGAGGCUGCUGGGCCAGAUGUUGAAGCAGCUGCCCACGCCCGGCCCCGCCCUGCAGGCGACGCCCUCGGGUGUCACCACGUCCAGCGCCGGCGGCGACGACGUUCGCAAGGACCUGAGCUACAUCCUGGAAAAGGUCCAGCAGCUGAAGAAAGCCCGCUACAAGCAGCUGGAGGAGCUGCUGCCGGGACUUCACUCCCUCCAGCACAUCCAGAUGGAUAACAAUGUGAUCCAGAGCAAGGCGUUGUUCGAGUUUCCGUGGCUGUAUGACGAAGCGAGCAGGCUGUCCGACACCGAGCGGCAGAAGAGGAGGCGACGACGGCAUACAAAGUCCAAAACUUUCCUGAAAGGCUGAAACACGGGAGAGAGAGAACAACUCAUGACACUGCAGCCUUCCUGUUUCGAACAUAUAGUAAAUAUAUAUUUUUUAAAGUUCAGCCAAAGAUAAAUAUUCUAGUUUUGAAAAAGAGAGACAUAUUUUAUUAUUUACAAAGCUGUUUGAUACUUGAAAAGCAGAAAUUUAAUCCUGGAAAUACUUGAUUUUGGAUUUUUGGAUUGAUUUUCUUUCUUUAUCAUCCAAAAACACCAGAAUGUCUGAUGAAAGUCUUCUAAGUUUCACUUAUUGUGUAUUUGUUUAAAGUGAAGUAAAUCUUUUUUUUUUUUUUUUAUUGUAAAAACCAAUACCAGGAAGUGCCAGACGUAAUUUUAAAUGUUUUUAUCAUUCUAAACUCAUUCUUCUCAGUGGACUCUGAUUGGACGUGGUUCGAUAAGGGGGAGGAGCCAAACUAACGCAAGCAUCUCUGUUGGAUGAAUUAAGCGACAUUAAAUCUACAGUAAAUGUAACUAAAUCUAUUUAGAUAUCUAUGUACUUUUUUUCAUAAGUUUAAUGUAAGAUGAUAGAUGUGAUAUUCAGAAAAUGACUUAAUCAGAUCGAUAAAGUGCUUCCUGGAUUGGAUGGUAUUGGGGAAAAGGAGCGGAGCUAAAUAACCAAAAUUCACUUAAUUCUUGAGAAAUUUUAAUCAAAAUAACUUUUAUUUUUUUGGUGAUGAAGCAGCUUUCUGUUUCUGCUGUUGUCUUUGAGAACUGAGAAUGACGACGAUGAUGAUGAUGCUGAUGAUGAUGAUGAUGAUGAUGAUGAUGAUGAUGCUGACAUGAUUACCAAAGCUUUUCAGGCAACUUUAUUUCUUACUGACAUGGUUUUUAUUAUCAUGAUUUUUAUUAUUUUAGAAUAAAUUCCAUAUUUAUUUUUGUAUUUAAGUUGUUUAUUUAUAUGUUGUCCAUGCGGUUGUGACAGAAUAUUGU